GCACCAUGAGAAAGGGACAGACAAGAUGCUACUCCACAGCAUGGUGCGCAAGAGCACCCGUCGCCUCGUUCGCAUCAGUACCGGCCAUCGACUACGAGACUCCAUUGACACCAACGACAAUCCUGGGCCUAAGUUUUCGUUGAUCCAGCCCGCCGACAGUCAUAGGUUGACUCGCCACCUGUCCAUACUUCAAGAGCGCAAGUACACCGUCACGGAUGACACGAUAAAAGACGAAGAUGGAGCAGAGUGUGAUGCUCAAGACAAUUCGUCGCAACCCUUUGAAAUGGCCAGCGUUGCCAUGGCUUGUCGAAGGAGAAACGGUGCCCUUGCAACUAGUCUGGGGGCAUCGAAGGAUCAAGGUGUGCUUCCAUUGAUGCAGGUUCGGACAGACCUUCAUGGCGCCCAGUGGAACAGAGCGCUGUAUCGCAGAGCCUUGGCCAGUGUCCGUCAAUUGAAUGCAUUGGGAUCAUUGAGUCUGUCGAAGCAACCAGUACCCGGCGGUGUCGACAACAACGCACCCGCCCCAUCGCCAGCCGAAGUGUCGCGCCAAUGGUUUCGCGACUUGCAAACAAAAGCCACAGCCCCUCCUCCCCUUCCCACGCCAGGCAGCUACCGCCAUUCCAAGUGGCACCAUGUAACUUAUGGCAGCACUAUUUACUUGGAAUCAUGCGCCACGCGCGCUUGCUUACUUCUUGGUGGAAGCGGCAAAAGCGUUUCGAAUUCCCAGCGGCGCCAUGCUGCCGACCCUGGCACUCUCCUUCGCAUGGUUGACUUUGCCGAUCCGUUUCGUCGAGGGUACAUAUACGAUGGCGAUGCCAUGUGGCUUCGACUCGACCAGUUCAACCCCCUCCUUCCAAAAAAGCGAGACCCCGUCGCGUUGUACCUGAACGACGUGCAGUUUUUCUUGUCGUGGAGUGUCGCGGCGGACGGGUCCAGUGGCCAAACUGUCUGCAUCGCCAGCGCCUUGGAAGCGCUGGUGCCGAGCAUCGCCCAUUAUGGCUACGACACGUCCAUGGCGGAGUGUUUGGGGGAGAACCACGCGGUGAUGCACUUGGCCAAAUGGACAAUUCAAGUGGUGCCGUCGGCCGCCGACAACGAUCUCGACGACGAAAAAGACGAGUUGUACGUUGGCGACGAGUAUUGCCAUGGAAGAGCGGGCAAUGAACCACCCGACGUAAACCGACCAAUUUGCAACUACAGUGUUGUGCAUUUGCGUCAAGACGACCGCCUUCUCGUGGCAGACAAAGCCACUGGGGUUGCUUCAAUGCAGCACGUUCGUAGCACGUCACCGCGACAUACCAAAGCUGCGCAAUGGCGACUGUGUGUGCGGGAUCCCAUGCCCCCCACCCAUCCGACUGGCCCCCUCCAUCUGGCCGGCAGCAGCGCGGAGAAAGCCACCGUCAACUUGCAUCAGAGUCAUAGGCGCACCACAGCCUACUUUUCGACCAAGAACGACAUGGCCACAGACCAAAUGGAGACCCAUCUAGCCAGCCGGACCCAUCUCGCCAUGAUUCACAACGCCCAAGAAACCCAUGCAGUGGAAUAUUUUGCUCACAAGUACAAAACCACGGCCCUCGCGUCGCACACGUGACCCCCCCCUCUAUUUGUGGGUUCAACAACGGCACAGAAAACGAACCCUCUGCUAUGGACAUGUAACAUUAACGUUCGGAACAUAU